UCAAAUGGAGAGUUGUGGCCAAAAAUAGACAGAUAGAGAUAAAACUCCCAGCGGCGGUGGUGAUGGUGUCCACAUCUUACUCCCCACUCAGCCCUCAACCCUUCAACCUUUGCUCUCCGGUCUCUUUCCCUGCUUCCUCAAUUACAGCAGAAAUGCUUCCAAGCUCCAAUGCCACCGCCAACACCAACUCUGCCCUCUGGACCCAACAACCUGAAGAAGCCGAAGCUGCUUCUUCACUUUCAUGGUCCGCCCCCCCAAGAAUUGCAGCUGCUGCUGCAGCACAAGAAGAGACAUGCAAAGCCCACCAAGAAAUCAACGCCAUCGCAGCCGCAACCGCAGCCUCUACCUUGUCCAAAUCCAUGCUUGGAACCGACUGGUUCAUCAACAGUGCCCAAGAUUUCAAGCCCACUCUCUCCAACGACAUGGCAUUUCCCUCGAAUCCAUCCUUUGAAACCACUACCCAUUACCAAAAUUUAUACUCUCAGCCCUCCUCCUCCUCCUCCUCAUUUUUUCCUCCGAAUUCUUACUUUUCCUCCCUUUUCAGCUUGAUUUCCAGCGACCCUGUUGAGCAAAAUGGCUUAUUGGAUAAUAAUAGUACUAAUUUCUUCUUGCCCAGCGAUAACCCCUAUUGCUCCGAUUCCAGUUCCUCUGUUUUGUUGGGCAAUCCGGAGUCGAAUUUACCUGCCCUUGGUCUCGAGGGCCUGCAGGGUUUUGUUGGGAACGGGGUUUUGUUUCCUGACAAGUUUAAUUAUGUGGGUUUGAGGCCGCUGGAGGUUUUACCGUUAGGUGGGGUGGAGCAGCAGCCGCUGCCCCACCCGCCCACUCUCUUUCAGAAAAGAGCUGCUUUAAGGAACAACUAUUUGGCUGCUGAUGCUGAAAAAGGUCUCAUGUUGGAGGGAGAUGAUGGGGUGAAAUCAGAGAAGAAGAAUGAGAGAAACAAAAGGAAUGAUGGUGAAGGGGAGCUGGAGGAUGUUGAUGAUAUUUCCUGUCUGAAUUAUGAUUCCGACGAGCUUAAUCUGAACAGUAAUGUGGAUCGAGGGACUAAUGAAAGUAAUGAUGGCGCUGGUGAUAACUGGAAUGUGGGUGACGUCAAUGCUGUUACUAAUGGAGAUGAAAAAGGCAAGAAGAAAGGGCCUCCGGCCAAAAAUUUGAUGGCUGAGAGGCGCCGCAGGAAGAAGCUCAAUGAUAGGCUCUAUAUGCUUAGGUCCAUUGUCCCCAAAAUCAGCAAGAUGGAUAGGGCUUCAAUACUUGGGGAUUCCAUUGAGUACUUGAAAGAACUUUUGCAACGCAUCAAUGAUCUGCAUCAUGAACUUGAGGCUACUCCAUCAGGAUCUUUGCUCGAGCAAACAUCAAGUUUUCAUCCUCUAACACCUACCUUGCCUACUUUACCAUGUUGCGUCAAGGAAGAAUUGAAUUCAAGCUCAUUGCCAAGUCCCAAAAACAACCAACCUGCACGGGUGGAGGUGAGGUUAAGGGAAGGGAGGGCUGUCAAUAUACACAUGUUCUGUGCACGCAGACCAGGUCUUUUACUCUCCACCAUUAGCGCCCUGGACAAUCUUGGCUUGGAUAUUCAGCAAGCAGUUAUCAGCUGUUUCAACGGAUUCGCUUUGGAUGUAUUUCGGGCUGAGCAAUGCAGGGAAGGCCAGGACAUUUUGCCUGAACAAGUUAAAGCAGUUCUUCUGGACUCCGCUGGGUAUCAUGGCGUCAUGUAAUGUUAAGCCAGCAGCUCAAGAGUACUGGUUGCUCGUUGCUGUUUAAUGACUGGCUGGUUUCUGAUCAACCUGAAUUACCAUCAUUUUGGUUUUACUAAUUUGUGAUAAGUUCCCUAAUGCCUGACGCAGUCAAUGCAUAUUGUAGGUGCAAAUCUUGUAGUUACUUGAUUAUGAGCAUUCCGUCACUCGGUUAUGUGCUGGUUGAUGAAUGAAGUUUCCUGAUACAUCAAAGUCAGUGCA